AUGUUGCGCUGGUACCAGUCCAAGUUGGCAAAGAGGCCCAUCCUCACCGCAAGCAUCACCAGUGCCUUUCUAUUCGGCAGCGGUGAUGUUCUAGCACAGCAAGCUGUUGACCGGAAAGGUCUCCAAAAGCACGAUUUUGCCCGCACUGGGCGAAUGGCUCUAUACGGUGGAGCCGUCUUCGGUCCUGUUGCCACUACCUGGUUUGGCAUCCUCCAGCGUCAUGUCGUUCUCAAGGGCGCCGCAUCCACCACCGCCGCCCGUGUUGCCGCCGAUCAAGUCUUCUUUGCCCCAAUCCAGCUCACCUGUUUCCUAUCCUCGAUGGCCAUCAUGGAAGGUGUUGAUCCCGUGGAACGGUUGAAGACUGCCUUUGUUCCCGCCUACAAAGCCAACCUGAUGGUCUGGCCGUUUGUACAGGGGGUCAACUUUACAUUUGUCCCCCUAGAGCUGCGCUUGUUGUUUGUCAACGUUAUCAGUUUGGGGUGGAACUGCUUCCUUAGCCUGAUGAACAGCGGCGAAGAACUAGAAUUCCAAGCCGCAAUUUGA